UUCGUUUACGUAACGAUUAUACAUUUGUGUUGUACGUCUAUCACAGCUCAGUUCCACACUUCGUGAAGACUACUUGUACUGAAAAUGGCUCAGCAUAUUUUUUGCCGUCUCCUAAUGCCAAUUCGCCAGCUUACUUCUAAACAUAGCGGAUAUUUCGUGCGGUACCUGUCGUCUGACAUCAGUAGCGGUGACAUGUAUCCCUCUCCUCAAACUGAACCAUGGAUACCUCCAUAUGUUGAAAGAGAAAAUGAACCAGCAAGUUUAAAAAAGCCAGGCUGUUGUAUCAGUCCAGGAAGCGUGGAAUGCUCGAAAAUGGGCUUAUCCUUAGCACAUUUGCCUCACGUUACCUAGAGGGAAUGAGUGAUAAUCACAUGUCUUUGUAUGACAGAUUAAUCAAUUUGCCAUCCAACGAUUGGGAUAUUUAUUACUGGGCUACUGGUGUAAGAGAGACCCCAGAAGAAUUUAACAAUGAAGUAAUGGAUUUACUGAAGGAGCAUGUUAGAAAUAAAGACAAAGAAUCUAGGUUUAAGCAACCUGAUCUGUAUUAAAUGGUUGCCAUGUAGAAUUGUAUUUUGGAUUUAACUUGAUAGAUAUUAAAGCCAAAAAGUUAUAAUAUUA